ACCGACCGACGAGUCUUCGGCGAGUCGUGCGGGGCUGUGUCCGGCACUGACAGUGGGAUGCCCGAUGAGCUGGUCCGGUCUCCUCUCGCUCCUCGUCCCCUGCCUCCUCUCCUUCGUCCUCCUCCGCUUCUCCGCCCUGCUGGACCCCGGCGCCGCCGUGCCCCGCGUCAAGAGGUCCCCUCCCCUGCCCCUUCGCUUCCGCCAUGACGGCGCCUUCAAGAUCCUCCAGGUGGCGGACAUGCACUUCGGCAACGGCGCCGCCACGCGCUGCCGGGACGUGGCGCCGGAGGUCGGCGGCGCGCGCUGCUCCGACCGCAACACCACGCGCUUCCUGCGCCGGCUCAUCGAAGCGGAGAGGCCCGACCUCAUAGCCUUCACCGGGGAUAACAUAUUUGGGGGCAGUGCAACUGAUGCAGCGGAAUCACUACUCAGAGCAAUUAGCCCUGCUAUUGAGUACAAGGUACCAUGGGCUGCCAUAUUAGGAAAUCACGACCAGGAAUCCACAAUGACGCGAGAGGAACUGAUGAUGUUCUUGUCUUUGAUGGAUUACUCAGUAUCUCAAGUAAACCCUCCUGGUUUUCUGGUACAUGGGUUUGGCAAUUAUCAUGUUGGCAUACAUGGGCCAUUUGGAUCGGGGUUGGUCAAUACUAGUCUGCUUAACCUUUACUUCCUCGAUAGUGGGGAUCGUGAAGUAGUAGAUGGAAUUAAAACUUAUGGAUGGAUAAAAGAAUCUCAGCUUGCUUGGCUCAGUACUACUUCAAAAAAACUCCAGCAAAAUUUGCCUGCCCCUGCAUUAGCAUUCUUCCACAUCCCAAAUCCAGAAGUCCGAGGGCUGUGGUACACAGAUUUUAAGGGUGAGUAUCAGGAAGCAGUGGCUUGCUCAUUAGUUAACUCUGGUGUCCUUGACACCCUCGUCUCCAUGGGAGAUGUGAAAGGUGUCUUUCUUGGUCAUGAUCAUCUUAAUGAUUUCUGUGGCAACCUUAACGGCAUAUGGUUCUGUUAUGGCGGUGGCUUUGGUUACCAUGCCUAUGGAAGGCCUCAUUGGCCGAGGAGAGCUCGGGUAAUUUAUACUCAGCUCAAGAAAGGGCAGAGAUCAUGGACGGAAGUCGAGUCGAUACAGACUUGGAAGUUGCUUGAUGAUGAAAACCUUUCCAAGAUCGACGAGCAGGUUCUCUGGAGAGACAGUGACGAUGACUCUUACCAGAGUGUACACUUGUAAACUCCGGACACUAAAAGAUCUCUUUGUAUGUUGUAAACAUGUUUGAUCAAUUACAAUACAUCAAAUUGGUAGGUUUGAUCAAAUUAGUCAUGAUUGGCCACAGACCAAAUUAGUCAUCACCUGUAUAUGAUACUGAUGUAUCUUGUUCAUAUGCAAAUCCCUUGCUUGGGUUGUUGAAACCAGUUGUAAACAUGAUGUGAAGAGGUAAUUUGUCCCCUUGAUGUGGCAGUUAGCCUGAAUAAUUUUCUUGUGUAUGGAUUGACUGUAA